AUGAAUGUGAGUUUCAGUUCAUCUGGUCAUUUGAAGACUCAUAGUAGAAUACAUACCGGGGAAAAACCUUACCCAUGCAAUGUAUGUGGUAAGAGUUUCAGUGAAACUGGUAGUUUGAAGAUACAUAGUAGAAUACAUACCGGUGAUAAACCUUACCCAUGCAAUUUGUGUGGUAAGAGAUUCAGUUCAUCUGGUCAUUUGAAGACACAUAGUAGAAUACAUAGCGGUGAUAAACCUUACCCAUGCAAUCUGUGUGCUAAGAGUUUCAUUCAAUCUAAUGAUUUGAAGAGACAUAUUAGAAUACAUACCGGUGAUAAACCUUACGCAUGCGAUGUGUGUGGUAAGAGUUUCUGUUCAUCUGGUCAUUUGAAGACACAUAGUAGAAUACAUACCGGUGAAAAACCUUACCCAUGCAAUGUAAGUGGUAAGAGUUUCAGUGAAACUGGUAGUUUGAAGAUACAUAGUAGAAUACAUACCGGUGAUAAACCUUACCCAUGCAAUUUGUGUGGUAAGAGAUUCAGUUCAUCUGGUCAUUUGAAGACACAUAGUAGAAUACAUAGCGGUGAUAAACCUUACCCAUGCAAUCUGUGUGCUAAGAGUUUCAUUCAAUCUAAUGAUUUGAAGAGACAUAUUAGAAUACAUACCGGUGAUAAACCUUACGCAUGCGAUGUGUGUGGUAAGAGUUUCUGUUCAUCUGGUCAUUUGAAGACACAUAGUAGAAUACAUACCGGUGAAAAACCUUACCCAUGCAAUGUAUGUGGUAAGAGUUUCAGUGAAACUGGUAGUUUGAAGAUACAUAGUAGAAUACAUACCGGUGAUAAACCUUACCCAUGCAAUUUGUGUGGUAAGAGAUUCAGUUCAUCUGGUCAUUUGAAGACACAUAGUAGAAUACAUAGCGGUGAUAAACCUUACCCAUGCAAUCUGUGUGCUAAGAGUUUCAUUCAAUCUAAUGAUUUGAAGAGACAUAUUAGAAUACAUACCGGUGAUAAACCUUACGCAUGCGAUGUGUGUGGUAAGAGUUUCUGUUCAUCUGGUCAUUUGAAGACACAUAGUAGAAUACAUACCGGUGAAAAGCCUUACCCAUGCAAUGUAUGUGGUAAGAGUUUCAGUGAAACUGGUAGUUUGAAGAUACAUAGUAGAAUACAUACCGGUGAAAAACCUUACCCAUGCAAUGUAUGUGGUAAGAGUUUCAGUGAAACUAGUAAAUUGAGGAGACAUAGUAGAACACAUACCGGUGAUAAACCUUACCGAUGCAAUCUGUGUGGUAAGAGUUUCAUUCAAUCUAGUGAUUUGAAGAGACAUAUUAGAAUACAUACCGCCGACAAACCUUACGCAUGCGAUGUAUGUGGUAAGAGUUUCAGUUCAUCUGGUCAUUUGAACACACAUCGUAGAAUACAUACCGGUGAGAAGCCGUACGCAUGCGAUAUGUGUGGUAAGAGUUUCAGUAAAUCUGGUCAUUUGAAGACACAUAGUAAAAUACAUACCGGUGAUAAACCUUACCCAUGCAUCGUAUGUGGUAAGAGUUUCAGUGAAACUGGUAAAUUGAAGAGACAUAGUAGAAUACAUACCGGUGAUAAACCAUAUACAUGCGACAUUUGUCCGCUGAAAUUUACUCAUAAACAAUCUCUUGUUAAUCAUUUACAGAAACACAUGUUAUAAUAAUAACUUGUAUAUUUCUCUUGUGUAAAAUCGUCCUAGUUAGUGUGUAAAUAU